UUCCCUGGAAAGCCUUCUUGUUCACACACUGCGGUGGUUCCCGGCAGGGCUGGCUGAAAAGGGAGCCGGACCCUCUGUAGGAACCAGUGAGUCUGGUCUCCAGGAGCCAGGCACACUGUAGCUUCAGAGGAAUUACCUUCGGUAGCUGUAAGAGGUGUUCUUUGGUAACUCGGGACUUCCGUGUCAGUCUCCCCGAGGAAGCCACAGUUAGUACUGUGUACCGUGUGGGUCUCUUGCGUGUCUCUGCCUUCAACUCUCACUGUGGAAACAGAGCUGGCAGGGAGAGAGGGUCCUGACGGGUGGGGUGCACAGGAUGGAAGCCCAGGGGGAGCUGCAACCAGCACGUGCAGUGAGCUCCCCAUGGCAGGCAGAGCUGCGUGAGUGAGGAACAGACUGCAGAGAAGCCCUGAGCUCCAUGGCUACCAGCUCUUGCACAAAAAGGGAAGGCCACGCGGAGGCUGCUGCCCAGGUCCAGGUGUGCCACGCGCAGGCUCGGGGACUCCGGCCCCUCCCCCGCUGACCCUGGAGGAAUCCUGGAGUGCGAAGAUGCACCUCAAGCAGAACUGGUGAGAACCCACCAGAGGCCAGCAUCAGACCCCGUGGAGGAAGGUGCAGCCCGGUUUCCGAGAGCACCCUGUGGGCACGUCCGAAGAGCUCAGAGUGACCACAUCUGGCGGAAGAAAGAAAAAAUGUAGUUAUCGAAUCCAAUCCAGGGUUUGUGUCUCUCACAAUAUCAACAAAAGCGAUCAGGAAAGUUCCGGUCGGCCCCACGAACACAUGGAUAUCUUAGAAGGAGCCACAUGAAGAUGGAGAAAUCGAGGCACAGAGAAAUCAAGUGACUUUGCCAUAGUCACAAACUGGGGAGGACCAGGAAUAGAACCUGAGAGAGCCCAGCUCUGGGCCUGCGUCCUGCCCACGGAGUCAAGCUGCCUCCUUCCUCAGGAGAGAAGGCUCCCUGCAAGAUGGACGUGGAUGCCGAGGAGAAGCGCCAUCGCACGCGGUCCAAAGGGGUUCGAGUGCCCGUGGAGCCAUCAGUGCAGGAACUGUUCAGCUGCCCCACUCCUGGCUGUGAUGGCAGUGGUCAUGUUAGCGGCAAAUAUGCAAGACACAGAAGUGUAUAUGGUUGUCCCUUGGCUAAAAAAAGAAAAACACAAGAUAAGCAGCCCCAAGAACCUGCCCCCAAGCGCAAACCAUUCGCGGUGAAAGCAGACAGCUCCUCGGUGGACGAGUGCUAUGAGAGCGAUGGGACAGAAGACAUGGACGACAAGGAGGAGGAUGAGGAGGAGGAGUUCUCCGAGGACAACGAGGAGCAAGGGGACGAGGAUGACGAAGAUGAGGAGGUGGACCGGGAGGAGGAGGAGGAGAUCGAAGAGGAGGACGACGACGACGAUGAUGAAGAUGGAGAGGAUGUGGAGGAGGAAGAGGAAGAGGAGGAGGAAGAUGAGGAAGAGGAAGAGGAGGAGGAGGAAAACGAAGACCAUCAGAUGAAUUGUCACAGUACUCGGAUCAUGCAAGACACAGAAAAGGAUGACAACAAUAACGACGAGUACGAUAACUAUGAUGAACUGGUGGCCAAGUCAUUGCUGAAUCUCGGCAAAAUCGCCGAGGAUGCAGCCUACCGGGCCAGGACGGAGUCAGAGAUGAACAGCAACACGUCCCACAGCCUGGAGGACGACAGCGACAAGAACGAAAACCUAGGCCGGAAGAGCGAGUUGAGCCUAGACUUGGACAGUGACGUGGUCCGGGAAACGGUGGAUUCCCUCAAACUGCUGGCCCAAGGGCACGGCGUCGUGCUCUCCGAGAAUAUGGGUGACAGGGGCUACGGGGACAGCGGCAUGUCGCAGCAGGACGGCAGGAACAUGAACUACGUCAUGCUGGGCAAGCCCCUGAACAACGGGUUGGUGGACAAGAUGGUGGAGGAGAGCGACGAGGAGGUUUGCCUGAGCAGCCUGGAGUGUCUACGCAACCAGUGCUUCGACCUGGCCAGGAAGCUGAGCGAGACCAACCCGCAGGAGCGCAGCCAGCCGGCCACCAUGGGUGUCCGCCAGCACGGCCGGCCGGAGGACGACUUCCCGGGCAGGACGCCCGACAGGAACUACUCAGAUAUGAUGAACCUCAUGCGGCUCGAGGAGCAGUUGAGCCCCAGGUCUAGAACGUUCUCCAGCUGUGCAAAGGAGGACGGGUGUCACGAGAGAGAUGAUGACACCACCUCUGUGAACUCGGACAGGUCCGAGGAGGUGUUUGACAUGACCAAGGGCAACCUGACCCUGCUGGAGAAAGCGAUUGCUUUGGAAACUGAAAGAGCAAAGGCCAUGAGGGAGAAGAUGGCCAUGGAUGCCGGGAGGAGGGACAAUGUGAGGUCAUACGAGGAUCAGUCUCCGAGACAGCUUCCCGGGGAGGACAGGAAGCCUAAAUCGAGUGACAGCCAUGUCAAAAAGCCAUACUAUGGUAAAGAUCCCUCAAGAACAGAAAAGAAAGAGAGCAAGUGUCCAACCCCCGGGUGUGAUGGAACCGGCCAUGUGACCGGGCUGUACCCGCAUCACCGCAGUCUGUCCGGAUGCCCGCACAAAGAUAGGGUCCCUCCAGAAAUUCUUGCCAUGCAUGAAAAUGUUCUCAAGUGUCCCACUCCAGGCUGCACAGGGCGAGGGCAUGUGAAUAGCAACAGAAACUCUCACCGAAGCCUCUCUGGAUGCCCUAUUGCUGCAGCAGAGAAACUGGCAAAAGCGCAAGAAAAACACCAGAGCUGUGAUGUAUCUAAGUCCAACCAGGCCUCGGACCGCGUCCUCAGGCCAAUGUGCUUUGUGAAGCAGCUGGAAAUUCCCCAGUACGGCUACAGAAACAACGUCCCCACCACCACGCCGCGCUCCAACCUGGCCAAAGAGCUUGAGAAAUACUCCAAGACUUCCUUCGAGUACAACAGCUUCGACAGCCACACUUAUGGCAAGAGAGCCAUAGCUCCCAAGGUGCAAACCAGGGACAUGUCCCCCAAAGGAUAUGAUGACGCCAAGCGGUACUGCAAGAAUGCCAGCCCCAGCCCCAGCCCGAGCAGCAGCAGCUACGCGCCCAGCAGCAGCAGCAACCUGAGCUGCGGUGGUGGCAGCAGCAGCAGCAGCACCUGCAGCAAAAGCAGCUUCGACUACACACAUGACAUGGAGGCAGCGCACAUGGCGGCCACAGCCAUCCUCAACCUGUCCACACGCUGCCGAGAGAUGCCGCAGAACCUGUCCACCAAGCCGCAGGACCUGUGCUCCACUCGGAACCCUGACAUGGAGGUGGAUGAGAAUGGCACCCUGGACCUCAGCAUGAACAAGCAGAGGCCUCGGGACAGCUGCUGCCCCGUCCUGACGCCCCUGGAGCCCAUGUCCCCCCAGCAACAGGCGGUGAUGAGCAGCAGGUGUUUCCAGUUAAGUGAGGGAGACUGCUGGGACCUGCCGGUGGACUACACCAAGAUGAAGCCCCGGCGGGUGGACGAGGAUGACCCCAAAGAGAUCACGCCGGAAGACCUGGACCCCUUCCAGGAGGCUCUGGAAGAGAGAAGGUACCCCGGGGAGGUGACCAUCCCGAGCCCCAAACCCAAGUACCCCCAGUGCAAGGACAGCAAAAAGGAUUUAAUAACAUGUCCAACUCCGGGGUGUGAUGGGAGUGGUCAUGUGACUGGUAAUUACGCCUCACACAGAAGUCUGUCUGGCUGCCCAUUGGCUGAUAAAAGCAUUCGAAGUAUGUUGGCCACCAGCUCACAAGAACUCAAGUGCCCCACACCUGGCUGCGAUGGCUCAGGACACAUCACCGGCAACUAUGCUUCCCAUCGGAGCCUUUCAGGGUGCCCCAGAGCAAAGAAGAGCGGGAUCCGGAUAGCACAGAGCAAAGAAGACAAAGAGGACCAGGAGCCCAUCAGGUGUCCAGUCCCCGGAUGUGAUGGUCAAGGACACAUCACAGGGAAGUAUGCGUCCCACCGCAGCGCCUCAGGGUGUCCCUUGGCAGCCAAGCGGCAGAAGGAUGGGUAUCUGAACGGCUCGCAGUUCUCCUGGAAGUCCGUGAAGACGGAAGGCAUGUCCUGCCCCACGCCGGGCUGUGACGGCUCGGGCCACGUCAGUGGCAGCUUCCUCACACACCGCAGCCUGUCCGGGUGCCCGAGAGCCACGUCAGCCAUGAAGAAGGCAAAGCUGUCCGGGGAGCAGAUGCUGACCAUCAAGCAGCGAGCCAGCAACGGUAUAGAAAACGAUGAAGAAAUCAAGCAGUUAGAUGAAGAAAUCAAAGAGCUCAAUGAAUCCAAUUCCCAGAUGGAGGCCGACAUGAUCAAACUCAGAACUCAGGUAACAAUUACCACGAUGGAGAGCAACCUGAAGACGAUUGAGGAGGAGAACAAGGUCAUCGAGCAGCAGAACGAGUCCCUCCUGCACGAGCUGGCCAACCUGAGCCAGUCCCUGAUCCACAGCCUGGCCAACAUCCAGCUGCCCCACAUGGAUCCAAUCAAUGAACAAAAUUUUGAUGCUUACGUGACUACUUUGACGGAAAUGUAUACAAAUCAAGACCGUUAUCAGAGUCCAGAAAAUAAAGCCCUACUGGAAAAUAUAAAGCAGGCUGUGAGAGGAAUUCAGGUCUGAACAGCUGCUCUAGAGAUGAAAAUCAUGCUUAAAAAAGGAUGCCUCUUGCUUUUUGCUGCUGUAAUUUACCAGAAAGUGUUCUAUAUUUAUUUCUGUUGGAACAGUGUUAUGCUUACAAGACUUCAUAAUGAUUUUAUGUCUUGCUUUAAAAAUAGUACCUGCGGAAUAGUUUUUUGAAUACAUUCACAUUUUGUACGUUUUCAUAUGAGCCGACAUAGUGUGAUAUGCCAUGUAAUGUUUAUAGCUGCUACUGUAUGCACAUCUGGGGGUAUAUAUAUUUCUGAAGAGGUAAGCUGAUCAAAAUAAAUAGAGUGUAAAUUCUUUUUAAUGCUUUAGUGAUUAAAUGUUUUAGUAUUUUGAACUGAAAUGGACAUAAAAGAUUUAAAAAGAAAAAAAACAGCUUUGAAUGAUCACGUGGUGGCCUUCGGGCCACUUAUAGACAUUAUCAUUUGCCUCAUGUUAGAGGACUUUAUGAAACUUAAGAAAUACAUUUUGUGUGCAUAUUGUUUCAUAGCGAGAAUUGGUUGCAAAAAAUGCUUUAUUUUUGAACAAUGCUUGGAAAUAUUAUGUGAUUUUUUUUUGUUUGUUUGUUUGUUUUAGGAGGAUGGUGUAUGGUGGGGGCAAUAAUGAGGUUUUUUGCAUUCCAAGGAAAUGGCUUAUGGAUUAACUGUAAGAAAUGAAAUAAGUAAUUUAUUGUAAGCCAACAUCAAGCCAUGGAAACUUGGCAGAAGAUUCAAAGCAGCUUAAACAGCACUUUUAAAUUAACUCCUAAACAUUACAUGGUGUGACUAUGGGGACUUCCGUUAAGACAGAGCUUGUCAGAGGCGGACAACACGAAGAUUUCCUUUUGCAUUUUCAGUAACUCUUGGAACAACCAUCUCUUAUCUCUGCUAGAGUCCCGUGCCCCUCUGAACUGUUACCGAAAUGUAGUUCACCUAAAAGAAGUUGUGUUUCCAAUUUGAGCGAAAAGAUCACUUAAGAGCAUUUAUUUCCCCUUUACACUUAAAAAAAAAAAAAAGAUCAUUAUUACUGUGGUUCUUUCACAUUGGAGGAGAAAAAGGCUAGUGGCUUGUGAGUAUUCUGGUUACUGGACUGGAUUUUCUGCUGGACAGGUAGGAGAGUGGCUCGGUAAACACAGCCCCUCUCCUCUCCCGGCCCAGCUGACUUUGAUAAGCUUUGGACCAAUUCAAAGCUCUCUGAAAAUGACGGGCAUUUGUGUUUUACCCUCCACGGGGUCCAGCUGACCACACAGCGUUUGCAUAGCCUUGUCUGGUUUUGUGACCUAUUCUAAGAAUGAAUGCAAUCAGAUUUUAAAAGUAACUAAAUAUACUUCGGCACUUUUUUUGCUUUAAACUAGAUCAUCUUAGACUUGUUUAUACCUUGAGGAUUUGAUUGUUUUAUUCCAAAUGACUGCACUAUCUGUAUGCAUAAGACCACUUUUGAUUGCUGCGUUUGCCCUCUGAGUAGUCCUUCGACAAAUGUGUUGUGUUUCCUGAUGUUGACUUGAUUUCUUUGAGUAGCAUCUCUCCCUUCCAUGUCUUGAUGUUAUGCAGGAAGUACAAAAGUACUUUAAAAUUUUGUUAUGAAAUAAAAAAAGAUGGGUUUUGUAAAAAUAAAAAAAAAAUAUUUUUAGCAGAACAGGACUUACAGGGUCAUUGUUCACACAAUGUGCCAGUCGACUAUUUGCACUUACCUUGUCCUACAUAUCCGUACGGAGGUGUGCAAUUCCUGUGUCAGCGGCCUGGUGGCCCUGACCCUGGGUGGAUUCUAGAGGAAGCCCUCAUGGCUGACCCAGCAUGGUUGCUAAGGGAGAUUACAGGGAUCUCACUACAAAUAUUCUGAUACAAUACUCAACCUCGGUAUAUAUAUAUAUGUAUAAAUAUAUGUAUAUCCCAGCGGCACUUUAUACUGCUCACUGUACAAAAGCUUACAGUUUUCCACAAGGACUUUAAUAACUAGCUGGGAAAAAAAAAAAGAUUAUGUAAUUACUUUGGGGCUCUGCAGUACUGUCUCUGUACAGGGGCCCCCUUUCUGUUGCGCGAUUAGUUGUAGCUGCCACGCUCAGAAUUGCCUUUUUGAAAGCUGAAGCAAGGUGCUUACGGUCACCUGUUGCCAUACACACGGUCCCGGGCGUUGGCCUCACCUGGCCUGGCCUCGGGAGAGCCCCUGUUCAUAGCGGCAUAUGCAUUUCCCCACCGCGUCUUGUCUGCAGCUUCUUGGCCAAUGUAGUAAUGCUUUUAGUAGAGUAAUAGGUAGUAUCAGUUUGGAUUCUUAUUGUUAUCACCUAUGUACAAUGGAAAGGGAUUCUAAGCACAAAUUUGCUGCUCAUGUAACGUUGGUACAUAAUAUCAAAUCAAAAGUUAUCUGUGACUAUUAUAUAGGGAUCACAAAAGUGUCACAUGUUAGAAUGCUGACCUUUCAUAUGGAAUUAUUGUGACUCAUCAGAGCUUAUUUAUUAUAACUUAUUGUUCAUAUUCAUUUCUAAGUUAAUUUAAGUAAUCAUUUAUUAAGACAGAAUUUUGUAUAAACUAUUUAUUGUGCUCUCUGUGGAACUGAAGUUUGAUUUAUUUUUGUACUACACGGCAUGGGUUUGUUGACACUUUAAUUUUGCUAUAAAUGUGUGGAAUCACAAGUUGCUGUGAUACUUCAUUUUUAAAUUGUGAACUUUGUACAAACUUUGUCAUGCUGGAUGUGAACACAUCUUACUCUAAAUAAAAAGGUGUUGCCACGUUUGUAGCACGAAGGAUCUCUA